GUGGAAGACCAGGAGCUGGCAUUGGGUCUUGAGCCGGGGCAGCCCGUUCCUGUGAUCCGGAAACGUGGUCGACCGCGGAAAUAUCCCAUCGCUGAAGGGCUUGACAACAUGGAUGAUGGCCGCCGCCCUCUGAAGCAGGAAAAGAUAACGGAUUCGUUCAAGCAGAGAAAGCGUAUUGACCGCUUCGAGGGCAUGCCUGAGGAAGAAGUUGCCAAGCGGACCUUGCCCGACCAUUUGGUGCCCAACCUGGACAUUGUCAUCAUUGGCAUCAACCCUGGCCUUUUCGCUGCUUUCAAAGGUCACCAUUAUGCUGGUCCUGGGAACCAUUUUUGGCGCUGCCUGUUCUUGGCUGGCCUCAUUCCGGAACCCAUGACGGCUGUGGAUGACUUCAAACUUAUCCAGUAUGGAAUUGGCUUCACCAACAUUGUGGCUCGCACGACACGAAGCAGUGCUGAUUUAUCCAGGAAAGAGAUCAAGGAAGGUGCGGAGAUACUCCUGGACAAACUAAAAAUAUUCCAGCCCCGCAUAGCAGUCUUUAAUGGGAAAGGUGAGCUACACUAGUCUAAGCU